UUUUCUUUUAAUUUAUUCUAAUGGCUGACACGGGGCGCAAGCGUGUGCCCGUUGCGCGUAUAUCGAAGUAAUUUGAAAGAUUUGAAAAUUCGAGUUCGAUAAGUGUCAUCUUACCAAUUCGAGAACGACGUUCCUCCUCCUGUGUUCCUCAACGGAUAUGGUGAGCGACUAAAUGAGUUGCAGUCAAACUCUUGUCAGAGCCCUCCUCCAGAACCCAUCUUCAAUAAAAUCAAGAUUCCAAGCUAAGCAAUUCCAUGCCCAAAUCAUCAAGGCCAAAGGACUCUCUCCCUCUGCCAUGGCUGCCGUUCUCUCCAUCUACUCGAACUUGAACCUCUUGCAUGACUCAAUCCUUGUGUUCAACACCCUUCACUCUCCCCCUGCUCUAGCUUGGAAAUCAAUCAUCAGGUGCUACGCCUACCAUGGCUGCUUCGUCCAAUCCUUGGCCUCUUUUAGACAAAUGCAGGCUUCUGGUAAACACCCAGAUCACAAUGUGUUCCCUUCUGUUCUAAAAUCGUGCGCUUGGUUGAUGGAUUUGAGGCUUGGUGAAUCGGUGCAUGGGUGCAUUAUUCGUCUUGGUAUGGACUUCGAUUUGUACACGGGUAAUGCGCUUAUGAAUAUGUAUUAUAAAUUGCAGAGUUUGGAUGCUAGGGGUGGGAUGAGAUUUCAAGCGUCUGAACUGCUCGAUGGAAUUCCUCAACCAGAGUGGAUUCGCAAGUGUGGGAGUGACUUAACUAGUUUUGAUGAAGCAACCAGUAGAAUCACGCGCGAGGAGUCUAAAGGUGAUGGAACGAUGGUAUUUGUGGAUGGGAAUUCAAACGGAGAAGUGGGUAGGGGUGACUUGCUACCCAAAUUUGAGAAACAGCUUCCUGGCUUUGAUCCUGAAUCUGCUUCGGUUUUAAUGAAUGAUAGUUUGUUAUAUAGAAAAGUAGAGAAAGAAGUUUUUGACAAUUCUUGUGUGGAAACAGAUGAUAUUUCAAAGAUAAUGGGAGACAAAAGGGCUUCACAAAUCAACAGUGUGAGAAAACUUUUUGAUAUGAUGCCAAAAAAGGAUCUUGUCUCAUGGAAUACCUUAAUUGCUGGAAAUGUACAACAUGGUUUGUACAAAGAAGCUUUAAUUAUGGUUAGGGAGAUGAGGAAUGCCAGCUUGAAACCUGAUUCUUUCACUUUGUCCAGCAUCCUCCCUAUCUUUGCAGAAUGUAUCAAUGUUUUUAAGGGAAAGGAGAUCCAUGGCUAUGUAAUUAGGCAUGGGUUUGACACAGAUGUGUUUAUUGGAAGUAGCUUGAUUGACAUGUAUGCAAAAUGCACUCGGGUGGAAGAUUCACUUCAAAUUUUUUAUCUCUUACCUCAACGUGACUGCAUCUCAUGGAACUCUAUCAUUGCAGGGUGUGUGCAGAAUGCACAGUUCGAUGAAGGCCUGAAAUUGUUUCGACAGAUGUUGAUGGCCAAUGUCAAACCCAAGCCUGUUUCCUUUUCAAGUGUCAUGCCAGCUUGUGCUCAUUUGACAACACUACAUCUAGGGAAGCAACUCCAUGGAUACAUAAUUAGGGGUGGAUUUGAUGAUAACGUAUUUAUAGCUAGUUCACUGGUAGAUAUGUAUGCCAAAUGUGGGAAUAUUAGAUUUGCUAGAUGGAUAUUUAAUAGCAUGCAGCAACAUGAUGAUGUGUCAUGGACGGCCAUGAUAAUGGGCUAUGCUUUGCAUGGGCAUGCUCAUUGUGCAAUCUCCUUAUUUGAGCAGAUGGAAAUGGAAGGAGAGAAACCCAACCAUGUGGCAUUUCUUGCUGUUUUAACUGCUUGUAGUCAUACUGGAUUGAAAGAUGAAGCUUUGAAAUAUUUCAAAAAUAUGACCCAAACUUAUGGGAUUUCUCCAGGGUUGGAGCAUUAUGCUGCUGUAGCAGAUGUUCUUGGUCGAGUGGGUAGGUUGGAGGAAGCUUAUGAUUUCAUCUCUAGCAUGCAUAUUGAACCAACAGGGAGUGUUUGGUCAACAUUGUUGGCUGCUUGUAGGCUCCGCAAAAACAUUGAAUUGGCUGAGAAGGUUGCUGAGAAAAUAUUUAGGGUUGACCCUGAGAACUUGGGGGCUUAUGUUCUUCUGUCAAAUGUAUAUUCAGCUGCAGGAAGAUGGAGAGAUGCAGCAAAGUUAAGAAUCUCUAUGAGAAACAAGGGCAUGAGAAAAAAACCAGCUUGCAGCUGGAUUGAAGUAAAGAGCAAGGUACAUGCUUUUGUGGCAGGAGAUAAAUCCCACCCAGAUUAUGAUCGAAUAAAUAAGGCCCUAAAUGUUCUUUUAGAGCGGAUGGAACUUGAAGGGUAUGUUCCUGACACAAAGGAUGUGCUCCACGAUGUAGAGGAGGAACAAAAAAGAUAUUUAUUGUGUAGCCACAGCGAAAGACUCGCCAUAGCUUUCGGCAUAAUUAGCACUCCUGCUGGAACAACUAUUUGUGUCACAAAGAAUAUUCGGGUGUGUGCAGACUGUCACACAGCCACAAAGUUCAUAUCGAAAAUUGUUGGUAGGGAGAUAGUAGUUCGGGAUAAUAGCCGGUUUCACCAUUUCAAGGAUGGGAAGUGCUCAUGUGGAGAUUUUUGGUGACGAUGAAAAUAUGAUCAUGUUGAGCUAAUCAAACAAACUCUGGUUCAUAGAUUGGACCAAUUGAUGCACCUGAGUAAACAUCGACUCUUGAGCAGGUUCAAUAGAAUGCUGCUAUGACAAACCACGGGAUGCCUUUCUGACUGAACAGGCCAUUAAGCAGCAGCCAAAAAAUGCUUAAUUUUUUAAGUGGUAAAUUUAUUUACAGCUUCUGGUCGCCUACCUGCAAACAAACGACUUCUGUUCUCUUGUUGCCAUCUUUCAAUGAUAUCUUAGCAGAGGAAAUAACAACAAUAACAAAACCAAGCCUUAGUCCCACUAAGUGGGGUCGGCUAUAUGAAUCCUUUUCUACCAAUAUCUUAGCAGAGGAAAUGACAUUGCAAAAUGUGUUUACUGCAUCAUUUUUCAUGAUGUUCAAAAAAUUAUUCAAUUAUCAGAAGAUUUUUCUGAGGAACAAGUGGAAUGCUUGUGUUCAACAAAAUAUAUCUGCAAGUUCAACUGGAAUGAGGAAAAAAACGCUUCACAUUCACAUUGCGCUGAGAUCAUGAAAAAAAACUUUGUAUCCAAUUUUACACCUGAACUGCUCUCCUCAUGAGGUACCUUAUUGCUGGAGUACAAAUUCCUCGGGAGCUUGUUAUUGUUGCUGUAGAUGAAGGAAGGGUACAAAUCAAGCACUGCACUUUGAAGGAAUACAUAUUUAAAGGUCAGCCUAAGCCCCAUGUGCAAGGCUCCCAUUUUUACCAGGGAUUGGUGAAUGUGGAUGUUGUAAGCAGUCUCAUCCCUAUUUCCAGCAACAAUAUAUGUGGUGUGAUCUUAUUGAUAAGCGGGCAUAAUUUUUAAUGUUAAUAUAAUAUUUUAUUACCUGACGUGAUAAUACAGUUCACAUUGUCUAAUGAGAAGUUUGAAAUGGAAAAUAAUCAAGCUUUUGAAAA